AUGAAAUCACAGCCAGUGACACAACAGCUACCUUUCAUUUUUCCUCUUUUCAAAACUUGCUCAGACAUGAUGAGUUUCUUGGUAAGCAUUGCAUCCAUUGCAAUGCUGGUGAAAAUUGUUCUUGGAACCUUUGCCAAUGUCUUCAUUGUUCUGGUAAACUUCACUGACUGCAUCAAGAAAAGAAAAUUCCUCUUAGCUGAUAGAAUUCUCACUGUUCUGGCUAUCUUCAGGUUUGACUUGCUUUGGAUAAUAUUAAUGAAUUGGAGCUCAAGUGUGUUUCAUGUAGGUUUGUAUUUCCAAGUAAGAUUUUGUAUUUGUGUUGUCUGGAUAGUAACCAACCAUUUUAAUACAUGGCUUGCAAAUAUACUCAGCAUACUUUAUUUGUUGAAGAUAGACAAUUUCUCAAAUCUUAUUUUUCUUGGCCUGAAAGGAAAAAUUAAGUGUCCUUAUAUUGUACUUUUGCCAUGUUUUGUGCUUUUAUUUCCUAAUCUUAUAAUGGUAACCAUAUGUGAGACAACACAAGCAAAUGGACACCAGGGCAACUUGACUGGGAAGACAAAACUGACUUAUUUCACGAACCUUAUAGCUAUGACUUUCACUCUAGGCAGUUUAGUUCCCUUCACCACAUUCAUGAUCUGUUUCCUUCUCUUAAUCUGUUCUCUGUGUAAACACCUUAGGACAAUGAGGCUUUAUGGAAAAGGAUCCCAGGGCCCCAGUGCUUCAACCCACAUUAAGGUUUUGCAAGUUUUGAUCUCAUUUCUGUUGUUAUUCUCCAUGUUUAUUCUGUUGCUAAUCAUAUCAGAUUACAAUUAUACAAAGUCUCUGGAGGAACCAAUCCACCUGAUUUGCCAGGUUAUUGGAACCUUGUAUCCUUCAAGACAUUCUUAUAUCUUGCUAUGGGGAAACAAGAGGAUCAAACAGGCCUUUGUGUUGGCAAUGGUUCAGGUGAGAGCAAGGUUCUGGCUGAAAGAAAAGAAACCUUGA